AUGUUGCCCCGCAUUGUGUCAAGUGCAGGAUCUUGGAAGGCUGCAACUCGUCUGGCCCAACUCUCUUCUACGUUCAAAGCAUCCCCGAGAUACUUCUAUUCAGCAAUGUCUUCCAACAUUACUCUUUACACUUGGCCGACGCCCAAUGGCGUCAAGGCUUCUAUUACCCUCGAGGAAUUGGGUCUACCAUACAAAACUGAGGGCAUCAACAUCAGCACCAAUGUUCAGAAAGAAGACUGGUUCCUGAAGAUUAAUCCCAAUGGCCGUAUUCCUGCAAUCCUCGAUGGAAACCAACGCGUCUUCGAAAGCGGCGCAAUUAUGCUCUACCUGACAGAUAAAUACGACAAGGAAAGGAAGAUAAGCUACGCGCCGGGAUCGUCUGAAUAUGUGGAGGAGCUAUCUUGGCUUAUGUUUCAAAUGGGUGGUGUUGGACCCAUGCAGGGUAUGGCUCAAUACUUCAGGCUUUUAUCAAUGGCUCGUCGAUGA